CUUCAUCCCCGUUCUUUCGAAAGCCCCACUUUUCGCGUUCCUCGUGACGAUUCUCUUUCGUGUAUACCAGUGUAUGCACGUUUUAUUUGUGUGCCAUAUUAUUUAUGAUCGUCCGAACGAUCGCUACGAGUCGUACAAAGUUUUCAAUUGCUUCGACUACCGCGAUCGUCGUCGAGCGAAAACGAACGGAUAGCGUCUUGUGGACAUGACGGUCGUCUCGAGUGAAGUAUCCGUUUCGUUGCUACUCGUAUCCUCUGUACUCUUCGAACAUGCGAUAGAUAUUUGCGCUUUUUCCAUGUGAUGCAAAUGAGACAAAUCGCUCGUUUAAAAUGGCAAAAGACGAAGGAGAUGACCUUUUGCCAGACAAGGACGCCGCAAAGGGAUUUUACGCGAAAUACGAGCCUAAAGAGAUUCUUGGAAGAGGGAUAUCGUCGACUGUAAGAAGAUGUAUAGAAAAAGAAACUGGUAUAGAAUACGCGGCUAAGAUCAUAGAUAUUAGCAACGAACCUCACGAGUCUACCGAAGGCCAUACUAUGAAAGAUGCUACGUUACAGGAAGUACAUAUUUUGCGUAGAGUAGCUGGACACCCUUAUAUCAUCGAAUUACAUGACGUAUUCGAAUCUAGCACGUUUAUAUUUUUAAUUUUUGAACUUUGUAAAAAUGGAGAACUAUUCGACUACCUCACAUCCGUCGUAACGCUGUCUGAAAAGAAAACGCGUUAUAUCAUGAGACAAGUAUUUGAAGGAGUUCUGCAUGUACAUAAUCAGGGUAUAGUUCAUAGAGAUUUGAAACCAGAAAAUAUAUUGCUCGACGAUAGCCUCAAUGUAAAAAUAACAGAUUUUGGCUUUGCAAGGAUGUUGAAAUCUGGAGAUAAAUUAUACGAUCUGUGCGGAACACCCGGAUAUCUAGCACCGGAAGUCUUGAAGUGCAACAUGUUUGAAAAUGCCGAUGGUUAUGGAUUUGAAGUCGACAUAUGGGCUUGUGGAGUGAUUAUGUUUACCUUAUUAGUUGGUUGUCCCCCAUUUUGGCAUCGAAAACAAAUGGUCAUGCUAAGGAAUAUAAUGGAAGGAAAGUAUUCGUUUACAUCUCCAGAAUGGGCAGAUAUCACAGAAGCUCCAAAAGAUUUGAUAAGAAAAUUGUUAGUUGUUGACCCAAAAAAAAGAAUAUCGAUAAAAGAAGCAUUGGAACAUUCUUUUUUCCAUACAGUGUUGUGGGAUCAAGACAUCGCCCCUCUAAAGCGUUCACUGUCAUCUAACUCACGACGUCUGAGUAGGAUAUCUCAAUUAGCUUUGGAAUUAAAGGCAAAGUCAUUUAAUGCACGAAGAAGAUUUCAGUUAGCGAUUCUUUGCGUUCGAGCAGUGAUACGUAUUAAACGACUUCACAUUACGCCCGAACCACUUUCGACUCAAGUGGCUUGCACCGAUCCUUACAGAAUAAAGAUCUUGCGAAAGAUUAUCGAUGGCUGUGCAUUUAGAGUUUACGGGCAUUGGGUUAAAAAAGGAGAAGGACAGAAUCGAGCAGCCCUUUUCGAAAAUGCACCAAAGACGGAACUAAAACAUCUUUAUGUUAGCAAUUUGAGUAGAUAACCAAUACUUUGUUAAAACAUUAGUUACAAUUGGUAUUUUAUUACAAUUUUAGUAAAUUCGUUUUUAUAAUAGAGAAGACAUAAUUACAAACAAGAGUCGUCUUCAAUUAUUCUGUUUUCACAACUUGUACGAUGUGCACGAUGAGGAUUUUUUUAACGUGUACUUUGUUGUCAUCUAGUAUCACUUCGUAAUAGAUCGAACGUAAUCGUUUGCAAAAAAAAAAAAAAAUUGUACAACGAACGGAAGAAUAUUAAAUAUCAGGCUGCAGUGACCAUAGAAGACUGUGGCCGCCCUUCUGCUUCAGGGUUGUGUAAAAUAGAUCGAUCCUUCUUCAUAGAAUAUUCGAACAAAGAGUCCUUAAAGGUAGUGGCUUAAAGUGGAAUGUAAACAUCGAUCGAGAUAUACAACACGACGAAUGAGGAAGAUUUGAAAUUCAAGAACAUUGUACUGUAUAAUUUGGAAUUCUUAUUCGGAGAUCUAUAACUAAUAUUUAUGUAGCAUCAAAGAGAGUCGAUGUUUUACGAAAGGUAAAGUUAUAUCAGUAUUUCUUGCUCUCAUCGUGUUACGAAUUAACAAUUGCGAAUGGGAAAACGUAAAGACGGCUUAAAAAUCAAUAUCACCCGUAAUAAUUUCGACGAUUAGAGGGAAAUCAUUUGAAGGAUCGUUAGAAUUUUGCGUUGAAACACACGGACACACACGCACGGCCGAUCAUAUCAAUUAUACGACACGUCUCGUCGAAGUUCAACUUCUUGCCAUAAACUUUUCCCAAAAACUCGUGAAGCAAGACUGUUUCUUAUAUUUUUUUUUUUUUUUUGGAAGCUGUCGUACGUUACCUGACACAGGCUUUGUCUCCUGCGAAGUCUCGGAUGCAGAAAUUCAGGGAUGCAAGGUCUGGAGAUCCGGAUAAUCGCGGCCAGUCCGUUGUGCGGGAAAGUUUCGUUUGGAAGAAGAAACUAGUAGCGUCGUUGAUUCGUAUACGACAAACGUCAUUGUUGUAUUUCGUAUAGUUCGAUCAAAGUAAAUUUUAAAGUUGUUUACUCUGUUACGAUACAGGCCGUGCGCGCGCGCGCGCGCGCGUGUGUGUGCGUGCUUGCGUACGAAACGAUACCUAUAAUAAUAAAUCUAUACAUACAUGAUACAUCAUCUCGUGAUAACCGAACUAUGUAGUAGGAUAUUUUUGACGUUUCGUCAACGUCGUAGCUCUAUUCUUUAGAGAUAAUAUUUGAUUCGUAAGAUUCGUUAAAACGUGAUCUUUAUUCUUACAGCUACGUUACUUUCGAUCGUAUUUACACUCGUACGAGUGUUUGUAAACAAUAAGAAUCGAAUUGUUUAAUUUAUCGAAACUUCCAUCGUACUUGAACCGUCUACUCCAGCGUAUAAAGGGAACGUUUAUUUAUCCAUUGUUUUUUUCUCUAUACUCGAGUGAACAAAGACGACAAAUAAUAUUUUAGUAAAUUAGACGUAGUACUCGUACGUAAAAGAGUGUAACUCUCAGUGUAAAAGAUUCUCUUCGAGGAUUGUUUGUGUAAUAAAGGCUAGACGAAACCUUUUAUUCCUA